AUGCAGCGUCCUUCUCAGCCCGAGCGUAACAGCGAGAAAGUCUGGUUGGCUUUAGCUUGGGCACCAGUGCCUGAAUUCAACUGUGACGCAUUCCAACUACUAGCAAGAGAGGGUGCGAGUCGACUUUCACGGCCGCACAGAACGUGUGCGAGGUGGCCAACGCCAGGAUGGACGAACAGCUCCGGGAGGACCGGCGCAAGGCCAAAAUUGUGAUCAAAGAGUUACGAGAUCAUCAAAAAGAGUUAGAAGAACAGAAAGAUGAAGCUACUAAUUGCCGUUCAGACGUCCUCGCCAAGCAUUUCAAGAAGGCUGAGGCGAACAUGGGCAAGUCGAGCACCAUUGACCAGGCGCUUCUCGACGCCCAAAUCUUCUGCACACUGAGUAAACACACGAAGAAGCAAGCUGCUCAGCUGCAGACGGGUUUGCAGACAUACGAUGUCAACUCAUUUAUGGAUAAUCUUGUUCAAUUUAUGCGCCGCUCGGACGGGCUUUCGGAGGGACCUGAAGAGGAGAUGCAUGACGUGCCCGAUGACGAGCUAUGUAUCAACUUUAUUCAACUGGGCGAAAGCGUGAAGCAUUGUAAGAAAUCAGUUCCGGCUAUUGACUUUAUGCACGGCAAUGCACCAGUGGAGAGUGUUGCAAAUGUUACGGAGCGCAAAAAGGCGAAACGAAUCUGGAAGGGGAAGGUUACCGUCAAACCCGAUGAGUUGAGGUCAGAUGAGGUCGAGCAGACGGAAACAGACCGACAAGUAGCGGAAAUGAAGAGAGAACUGGCACGACGAAAGGAGUGUAACUACUGGAUAUUCGUGAUCGACCCAGCUAGUUUCUCGAGGUCUAUCGAGAACAUCUUUCACUCAUCGUUUCUAAUCAAGGAACGUUUGGCGGCGCUUGACCUCAAGGUCGACCCGCCACUGAUCCAGUAUAUCGAUUCAAAGAACCGUAGGCACAGUGGCGGUGGCGAAGGGGGAAUGGCGGAGGACCGGCAAAGCCAAUUUAUUAUGGGGUUUGACCGCAACGUGUGGAAGGAGAUGAUAAACCAGCACAAUAUUCGAAGAUGUCUCCUGCCUUCCAAAAGACGGGCUGACAAGGGGAUGGACGCGCAGAUGCAACGGUUGACGCAAAUGGAAGAGCAUUAUGAGGGGACUGCGUCUUUCUAAAAGUUGAACGUAUUUUGUAUACCAAGGUCUAUCGAUGCCCUCAAGUACUGUAGGUGUGUGACAUGCGGGAGAUAAGGAGUGAGAUAUUUUGGGCUCUUGUAAGAUACUAACUUGACAGUGUCAUCGACCAGCCGUCCGUUUUGCGAAGAAUACGACAAGAUUAUAUGACAGAGGCUCACUGGCCCGCGAAGCCGCGAGAAACGCUACAUCUGCAUCGACAAUGGCUAUGAACAAACUAGGGGACAAGUGCACUUGGGCGCCAUUUGGUUUUCACCAGCCUAGAAUUCGACAGCUUCCCGUUUUAAACCAAGGGAAACGAAA